AGUCAGUUUUCCGUUGGUAAUAUAAUCUACUUUUCGCAAUGGACGUAGAAGAAUACAGAAUAAGGGGAAAAGAAAUGGUUGAUUACAUUGCUGAUUAUAUUCGUGAUAUAAGAAAACGCCGAGUUUUUCCGGACCAGAAGCCGGGGUAUCUACGGAAAAAAAUUCCAGAAAGUGCACCCGUUCAAGGGGAAAAAUGGUCGAGAAUUUUCCAAGACAUUGAGGAAAUUAUUAUGCCAGGAGUUACCCAUUGGCAAAGCCCUCACAUGCACGCGUAUUUUCCAGCACUGAAUAGCUUCCCAUCUCUGUUAGGAGAUAUGCUUGCCGAUGCUAUAAAUUGUUUAGGAUUUACAUGGGCUGCAAGUCCAGCUUGUACGGAGCUCGAAACGGUUGUAACAAAUUGGUUGGGGAAGAUGAUUGGAUUACCUGAAGAUUUUCUUCACUUACAUAAAGAUUCUCCAGGUGGUGGUGUAAUACAGACAACGGCAAGUGAAUCAACCCUGGUGUGUCUGUUGGCGGGAAGAACUAAAGCGAUCCGAAAAUAUCAAAAACUGUAUCCCGAGUGUGAAGCUGCAGAUAUCAAUUCCAGAUUGGUUGCAUACUGUUCUGAUCAAGCACAUUCAAGUGUAGAAAAGGCAGCCCUUAUUGGUUUGGUACACGUGAGGUUUAUAGAGAGUGACGAAAACUUAUCAAUGCGUGGACAAAGGUUGCAUGAAGGCAUCAAAAUGGAUAAAGAAAAGGGACUUUUACCGUUUUGGGUUUGUGCGACGUUAGGAACAACUGGAGCCUGUGCUUUCGAUAACUUAGACGAGAUCGGUUCCGUUUGCAGAGAAGAAGACAUUUGGCUGCAUAUCGAUGCUGCAUAUGCGGGAAGUGCCUUCAUUUGCCCGGAACAUCGCAGUUGGCUGAAAGGAAUCGAAAAAGCCGAUUCUUUUGCUUUUAAUCCAUCGAAAUGGCUAAUGGUGCAUUUUGAUUGUACAACCAUGUGGAUCAAGAAUAGCGGCGCCUUACACCAAACUUUCAACGUUGAACCGCUUUACCUGCAACAUGAAAACUCAGGUAUAGCCAUUGAUUACAUGCAUUGGCAAAUACCCCUUAGUAAACGGUUUAGGGCUUUAAAGCUGUGGUUUACAAUAAGGAAUUUUGGCAUAACAGGACUUCAAAAACAUAUUAGGGAAGGCAUAAGAUUGGCCCAAAAAUUUGAAGCCUUAGUAUUGGCCGAUCCCAGAUUUGAAAUCCCGGCUGCAAGGCAUCUGGGUUUGGUGGUGUUUCGCUUAAUAGGUGAAAAUCAUCUUACGGAAAAGCUGUUGAAGAGGGUAAACGGGAGGGGUAAAAUACACUGCGUUCCUGCAGCUCUGAAGGAUAAGUACGUCAUAAGGUUUACGAUUACGUCACAAUUUACCACUGCAGAUGAUAUUAUCAAAGACUGGAAAGAAAUCAAAGAAGUCACCAAUGAAAUUAUUGCGGAAAACAAAGAGGGUAGUGUUAUCCCUAGGGUACGGGUUUCGCUGAAAGAUACAAGGGAACUGAAUGAAAAUUUUGGUACAAGCCUUUUGUUAUCCAAUUCUCCAAUGUCACCCAAGAUAGUGAAUGGAAGUUUUGCUGCUAUCUACGAUCAAAAAGAAAUACUUCAGGAAUACUCCAGAACAUUUUCGGUAUUGAGAGAAAAAGUUCAGAAUAGUCCAGAAAUGAGAAGAAGAGUUAGAGGAAUAUUAAUGUCCGGAAAACAAUUUUCUUUGGAUUCUCGUCUAGAUCUGCAAGUUUAUUGUGGUAACGAUACCGGAACGAAGGGUCAAAGGCCAGUUUCGGAGCCCGGUAAUAAUACCCCUUUGGUCGAAGAAAGUAACGCUGAUGUAGAGGAGAAUGUUUGGGAAACAGAUGAGAAUAAUGGAAAAAUGGAUGAUAACACUCUUGAUCCCUUUAAACCCAGACAAAAUAGAUCUCUGUCGGUGGAUCAACCUAUCCCCGCUGUUAUUCAAGACGAUGGGGCGGAGAGGAAAUGUUUGAAGUGCGGACACGUGCUUUAAUAAACAAGGACAGAAAACAAUAGACUACAUACAGAUAAGUUUAACUCACUUUUACCAUUAGCUUCUCCCUGUUCGUUAUCGCUUUUGUAAAUUGGUUUCUUCUACGAAUACUUAAUAAAAAAUGUAAUGAAUUCAAGAUACACAUGAAUGUUGACCGUUAAUACCAAAUUGCAUACAAUAGUUUGUCUGAUCGUGAAAUAGUAAGUAAUUACAUGUAUUAUUAUCGAUAUUAUCGGUGCUAUUUGUGGAUUAGCUUAUCUUGAUGAAAAUGUAUCGCAUAGAUGACAACAAGUAAUUAAUGAUUAAGG